AUGAAGAAGCUGACGCAGGGGCGCAAGAAGAUCCCGGUGGAGCGCAUCGAGGACGCGAACCGGCUGCAGGUCUGCUUCUCCAAGCGCCGCAAGGGCCUCGUCAAGAAGGCCUUCGAGCUCUCCGUGCUCUGCGGCGCGCAGGUGGCGCUCAUCGUCUUCUCCCCCGCCGGCAAGCCCUACACCUACGGCCAUACCUCCGUCGACGCCGUUCUCGACCGCUUCCUCCUCUCGUACUCCGGCGACGUGGAGGCCGAGGCGGUGGCGGCGAGCCAGCAGACGGAUCUGAGCGAGCUCCUCCGCCAGGAGGAGGAGCUGAUCAAGGCCCGCGACGCGGAGGCGCUCAGGGGCAAGGAGCUUCAGGCGGAGGUGCGCGCCGCCGGCGUCUGGAUCGACGGCGACAUGCGUCACUGGGAGCUGCCGGAGCUCGAGGCCGCGCUCAACGCGCUCGAGAGGGUCCAGGCGGAGGCCGCGAUGCGCGCGCACGAGAUCUUCGCCCAGGACGCCAUGAUGCAGCAGACCUCGGCCCCGGCUCGUCGUACACGGGUGACCCGUCCGCCGGCGGUCAUGAAGAGAUGGCCAUGGACACCACGAUGA